AUGCCGCCAACGCCCCCUUCGACGACUUCCUCUAGUGCGGGACACUCACCACCCGAUCCUCAAUUCCGAGUUGUGCGCAAAAGAAAUCGCGUUCCAUUGUCAUGUGGAGCUUGCAGACACAGAAAACUGAAAUGUAACCGUGGCCACCCUUGUGACAAUUGCACCAAGCGCGGCGACACGGCAUCAUGUACGUACGCUACUCCUGGAAACCGCAAAAAGAGCGCAGCCAAUGCAGGCGCAACGACUUCCCCGGAUGAUAUGCAAAACCGCAUUGACCGACUUGAAGGACUCGUGCUUUCAUUAAUGACCAAUGGCGCUCAAAGCGCUGGGCCAGUCGCUGCUCAAGCUGCAAUUGCGAAUAGUAUGAGUAUUGGCUCAGCAGAGCAGUACGAUAUAGGCAAUAUAGAUCAUGGCAUGAGCAAUGCUGCACCUGAAUCGAUACCUGAAGAGGAUACGUACGACGAGAGCGAGAUGGAGAACGUUACGAAAUCUAUCGGUGUCAUGAAGGUGAACAACAAUCACACAGUCUUUGCAUCAGAAGCACAUUGGUAUGCGAUAUUGGGAGAAUUGUCCGAAGUCAAGAACUAUUUUGCCGAACACAAGAAGCAAUAUGAAGAACAACUGAAGCGAUACAAAGCGACGCAUAGCACAGAACGCCCGCCUGGUACAUCAUUCCUCAUGGGAGCGCGGAAUUCAAGCUCCAAGGCUGAACUGCUCUCUCGUUUCCCACCCAAGCCAACUGCCGACAUACUCGUUUCAAGAUUUUUCAACACAUACGACCCAGCAAUUCAUAUCAUCCAUGGCCCUUCUUUCCAGAAAGAGUAUGACAGACAUUGGUUGCAACCAGAUGAGACUCCCAUCAUAUGGCUGGGCUCUGUAUACGCAAUGAUGUGCAUAGCCUUGCAAUCAUAUACAAGAGCUGGUGAUGAGCCGCCAGAAUACCAUAACAAAUCUUGGGAGAUGUCGAAAGAGUACGGUGAACUGACAGCUCAAUGUCUAGUAAUGGCAGACAUCACACAACCGAUUACAGGCAUGCUCGAAACUCUCAUCCUACACAUACAUGCUGAAUACGCUCGUAGCCGAGACGCGGAAGUUGGAAUCCUCAUCAGCACUGGUAUAAUUGUGCGACUUGCGAUGCGAAUGGGAUUACACCGAGACCCUGGUCCUUAUCCCGGUAUUCCUGUAUUCCAGGGCGAGAUGCGGCGGCGCGUAUGGGCUGCAGUCCGUUCCAUAGAUCUCUUAUUCUCUGCGCAAGCUGGCUUGCCUCCAAUUGUGCGUCCACGGGACACGAAUACCGAGAUACCCCGCAACCUUUACGACGAUGAACUUCAUGAGAACAUGAAGGAAUUACCACCCUCCCGGCCUGAGAGUGAAGCUACACCCACCCUUUACCUCAUCAAUCGGACACGAUUAAUCUAUAAACUAGGGGAGGCGGUGGAACUGACUGAGGCAUUGACUUGUUCAUCGUACGACGAAGUUGUGAAGAUGGAUGCCGAAGCACGUGAACUCCAUGAUAACAUCUCGCCACACCUCAAAAUGCGAGGAAUGGACGAGUCAGCGCGGGACUCAUCGACACUGAUCAUGCAACGCUUCACUCUCGACCUCCUUUACCUGAAAAUCAUUUGCGUCCUUCACCGAAGGUAUCUCUCCUAUGCCAGAGUCCAUCAACGCUUCAGUUACUCCCGGAAAGCGGUGAUGGAUGCUUCGAUGCAGAUACUUCAACACCAAGCUACUCUUCACCGCGAGUGCCAAAGUGGUGGCCGGUUACGGAACGUAAAGUGGUUCAUCUCAUCACUCACGACCUUUGAGUUUCUCCUCGCCGCAAUGAUCAUCGCUUCCGACAUGUACCACAUGUGCAGACAUGAACAUCGUACAGGCCGACCUACUCCAGAUGCAUGGGGCAUUGACAAACGCGAUGAAAUGCUGGAGGCCAUAGAAGUGGCUGUUGCCAUUUGGGACGGCCUCAAGGACCAUUCAAUGGAGGCAUACAAAGCACAUGCAACGCUGAGCGUGAUGUUGGAUCAGUUGAAGAAGAGUCGAUCAGCAAGACAAGCACCCAACGGCUUCCACGCGGCAUCAUCAGGGUUCCCAGUCUUGGCACGUAUGGACGACUCUAAUGUCGCUCCGGAGCAUUCUGCAGCCAUGACUCUGGGCAUGCUCAGCACAGGCGGUAUGACACCGAACUCGGCAAACAUGUUCGACCAGCGAUACCCAGCGUCCAUGGCGAACCUAUUGAACGACCCAGUGCCUCAGCCAUCAACGGGCCUAACACCACAAUAUGGCGGUCCAAGUGGGCCUACGGUCCCCGAAAAUGUGCCCAGCCCUUUCUCAAAUCUGUUCGGUGCGAACCUCUUCCAGAACUUAGACCUGCCCCCUACUGAUAAUAUCAACUGGGAUGCAUGGGAUUCAUAUAUACAGGGACCUGGUAUAGACACAUCAAAUAACUUCUUCCCUAUGGAUAUGAGCAGUCUACUCGAUCAAUCGGUUGCACAGCCGGCGCAACAGCAGCAGCAGCAGCCUCAAGGAACACGUCCGAAUGGUUUUGGCCAAACUGCGUACAUGAAUACAGGACCCGCGUUUGGACCCCUGGAUGUUUCACAGGCCAACGUCAUCGCUUCACGAAUUGCUUAUGUGCCCCAUUCGACCCUCAAGAUGACCUCCAUUCCCCCACUCAACACCACUGCCAUCCCUCCUUCUUCGUCUCCAUCCUCCUCCACGGCCGCUCCCUCCACAGACUCCUUGUCUCCGCUCUCCCGCAGCAAUACGUUUCCCCAUAAAACCAGCCCAUCGGUAUCGACGCAGACGCCGCUGAUCGAUACUUCGACACCUGCGAUCAAUGAGGAACCUGUAGAGUUGGAUGGCGGCGCAGUGGAAGUACCCCCGACCAUGAAGGAGGGGCUGCGGGCGGGAUGUAUGCGGUCGCCGGGGGAUGAAGAGGAUAUCGAUGGGGAAUUUCUGGGGGAGGGGAGGAAGGAUGAAGCAACUGCUAAACGCGCGGCCAUGUUGGCUUCACGGAGCAAAGAUCCUAGCGUGAUUGUGGAUGUUCCGAGGGAGCCGACUGCGGAGGAGUCAAAUACGUACGAAAGACUAGACCCAAUGUUGACGGACCCCCGUUGCGGUCUACGGGGCCAACAACAUAAACACCACCACGUCAUUGCCAUGCUCAAACGGCUGCCGCACAUAAAAACCGGUCCUCUCACCUCCUCCUCUCACCUUGCCAACUCAACCACCCCUUCGCCGCGACUACUCCAUCGUCCCGACGCUGAGAUCGCCAACAUGGCAUCCAGCGGGAGCAAAGUACCUGGUCGCUUCGACACUGAGGCUUUGAGAAACUGCCCCAUCGCAGCUGGAAACCGUAAGAACGCGCUAAUCUUGCGACUGCCUCCGGAACUACGCAACAAGAUCUACGGGCUUGUCAUGGACAAGGGAGAUGUGAACCUGAAGGAGGCACCCAUACGGUAUCUACCAUUCUCCAGGGUCAUGCGUCCCAUCAAUUCCCCACUCGCAGACCAGAUACAAGAGCCAAACGCCAUCCCCUUGCAGUUGGUCUGCCGCCAGAUAUACACCGAGACCCGCUUCUUGCCAUAUUUCCUGAACACUUUCAAGAUACUCUCAGAGGAAGUCUUUGAUGAUUGGGUAUCGAGGCGCUUGAAGACACAGCUAGCUGCUAUCACGUCCAUUCAGCUUCCACUGGCCAUGCAGGUGGAUUACUGGCAAACAGACGGCCAUGUCUUGAAGCACACCUUUCCGAAUCUGCAAAGGCUUCGUCUCGUACUUGGAUUUCUCAUCCAUGGAAUCACCUUGGAUGACGAGGAGAUCAAGAACCGAUUCCCAGACUACGAUGCAACCACGGCGAAGAAGGAGAUGGUCAAGGAUAGGAUCAAGAGGAAAGAGGGUCGCAACCUCCGCGUCGUCGAUAGUAGCUUCGAUAUCGAGGUCUCCGAUAUGAUUACGAGUUGCCCUUUCGAAGAAGCAAUGAUCUUUCCCGGCGAGGUGUUCGAUCACCGCGACUGGUUCUUAGGCACCUGA